AUGUGCGGCAGGACGACGCUGUGCGACGAACCGUUGCGACUCGCGUUGAGAAAUCGGCACGUCCAAGUGGCUAGAAUACUGCUGGAGGCUGGCGCCAAUCCGAACAAAAGAGCUUCUAGUGAUUGGAAAAACGGUGUUCUAGGUGCCGACGUGAACGCCACCUCGCCGAUCAUCGGAUCGCCUCUUCACGUCGCUUGCGCGGACAACAUUCCAAACAGGCUGGAGAUCCUGUCGAUGUUGCUGGAACGGGGAGCCGAUCCGAACUUGGUGAUACGAAGCGACGAAGGUCCCGCGUUGCGGCCAGUACUCGCCGAGUACGUCGCCUCGAACGAGAAUCCCUCGGUGGAGGUGGUGGCCCUUCUACUGAAAUACGGGGCACGAGUCGUCAUCAAGACGCAGUUCCGCGACCCCCACGGCAUACUAAACUCCCUUCAAAACACGGCGGACAAGCCGCGGCUGCUCAAGGCGUUGCUCGAAGCGGCCGAGAGUUUCGACCCUUGCAUGAUAAGAAGAUCCAGCAGCUUGACAGAUGCGCAGAAAGCUCUUGUCAUGGAAGCAGCCCGGACACCGUUGCCCUUGACUCAUCAGGCCAGGCUGAUUGUUCGCAAACUAUGCGGUACCAAGUUGCCCAAGAUUGUUCGUAAACUGCAGUUGCCUCAAUCGCUACAUCGUUAUCUUCUCUACGAUUUUCACUGA